UCCGUCUAAUUCUGCAAUUCUAAAAUAUUUGAAAUGGUUGCAUGCUUCAGCGAUUAAUUUUGUUAUCGUGAUCCGGAAGACCCUCUGAUAUAGACAUCCAUGUAUAUGUUUGUAUAUAGAGGAAGUUAUUUUCUCGUCAGAUCCCAAUGUUUACAUCGUGGUCCAGCUACCCACAGCGGCAGACGACAGUCCUACCUCAGCCAUUGGUUCCCGCCAGUUUAGCCAAGCACCCCCAACAAUGGACCAAGGAGGAGGUUGCGGCGUGGCUCCGGUGGUGCGGGGAGGAGUACUCAAUAGAGACAGUUUCCGCCGAUAAGUUCGACAUGAAUGGAAAAGCCCUGUGUCUUUUGAAGAGAAGUGAUUUUAUGGAGCGGGUGCCAAAGAACGGAGACCUUCUGUUCAAUGCAUUAAAUAAGCUCGUACAGAAAAACUCAGGUACAUUUGAGGGUCAAUCCCAAUCAGGAUCCCCCUACCAAAAUAUCUCACCAUCACCGUCCACAUUUCAGAUCCCACAACAGUUUUCGUCGCCAGAUCAGACUAACGGAGGUUUAGUUCUUAUAUCCCGGUCCAAUGCACAGACAACACCAGUGUAUACUACCAAAGUGAGGCCAUUUGUACCCAUACUUCCACAUCCGGUGAAUCAUAUCACAAAACAAGAGAUACCCCCCGUCACUACAGUUCCAGGUAGAAUUUUAAGUCCUGCGCCCAGUCCCUCCGACACAGGAAGUGGAUCGGACGUAGAUUCCUGUACAGAAUAUGACGAUCGCAUGACGUGUAGAAAUCCAAUUCAGCCAUUGCAAUUGAACUACAUGAAUCAGCUACGCCCAACGAUGGCCACAGGUUCAGAGCUUGUUCCAUUCCUCCGAAGCAAGGAAUCAGGUAUGAAUUGUCGGUUGUUAUGGGAAUUUAUAUACCAGCUUCUCCAGAAUCCAUACUAUAAGGAAUAUGUCUGUUGGGAAAAAUUAGAUGACUAUGUUUUCAGGAUCAACAACCCAACAGGACUGGCACAACUUUGGGGCCACCAGAAAAAUCGAACGAACAUGACUUACGAGAAACUCUCUCGAGCACUCAGAUAUUAUUACAGAAUGAACAUCAUCAAGAAAGUCUCUGGAAAACGACUUACAUAUAAAUUUAUGCAACCUCCUUGCAACAUACAGAAAGGCCAAAGAGGAGCAAAGCCUCACAGCCGAUCAAAUCUGUUAUCAUCUUGUAAAGACGAAGAAGUAGAUGAUUUUGACGAUGAAAUGCGCACAGACGACACUUUAUUAUCAUCAGAAUUGUCUCAGGCUUCAAUAGAAUCAAGACCUAUUAAACUUGAAAUUCCGGACUGUCACGAAUUCUCAAGAACAGACGUUACCCGGGAUAAGCUUACGAGGAGUAUGUCUUACCCGGGAAUGAUGCAUUUGUCCUCGACAAGCAACUCUACGGAUGUGAUGGAUCAGCCAAUUGACUUUACAAUGACAACGCUGAAGCGUAAAGAAAAGUCGGUUGAUGACAGUGUUUCAUCCACAAGGACAUGUACACAAAUGAGUUUUCCACUGACCAUUAAUGCCCCUGUGUCAACUAACAGUUGACGGAUCACUCAUCAAUGUUGUUAAUACUGGGUGGGGUCUCUGUGUGUUGCAGUGGUUUGUGAUUUUAUAUGGUUGUUUUCCAAGUGAAACUGAAACCGGUGCUCAUUGUCGACUAUGAAAGAUAAACGCUACUAUGUCAGUAGUGCAAGUGAUUUUUUUUCAUUGAUACAAAUCCUCAAUUUUACAAAUAUAUAGCUACAAGACUUUAUCAUGCGAUUAAAUAUUACAAAAUGUUUUGUGUAAAUAUGUGGUCAUUAUUUGAUGACGU